CAGAAACAGAUGCCGAAAUGCUUUGGCUUGAACAACAUGCGUUAACUUCCUCCUAAAAAAUAAAAAGGUGACACUUCAAGACGUUUUCAACGUCGACACUAAUUUUAAAAAGAGCAGAAGAAAAAGGGCUUUAAAGUGUCUCUCCUCAAAGCUGGACAGAUAUGAACCCGUCUCCACAGGACGAAGUCAGGCCUCAAAGUGCCGUGCUAAUUGCAUCACUUGUUGUGCUGAAUAUGAUUUGGUGGAUGAUUAUGAUUACAGCCAUCGGUUUGGGAGCUACACAUCUAAGCCUUUGCCCAGUGCAGUCCAACAUCCCCAUUUACCUUAUAGCUCUGGGAGUAUCCAACCUCCUAGCUCUGUCUCUGACCUACACCUCCACCACCUGGGGGGAAGGCAUGGUCUCCAUCAUGUGCUCCACCUGCACGGCCAUCCUGCACCUCAUCAGUUUCGGCCUUUUCUUUGCAGGCAGCACCUGGGUUUAUCCUGUUUAUCCUCCUGACUACACACCCGGUGCACUUAGAUACUGCCACAGGACAACAUACCAGUUUGCCUUCGCUGUCACCACCCUGGUGUGGGCCGCAGCAACCCUCAUCUUCAUCUGCGGUUGCUGCUUUGCUCUGGUGACCUGCGCUACGUGUGCCAUUUCAGGAAACAGAUUGUUACCCGGCCGAUAUAGUUUCUAUGGCUCCACUAGACAUUCUCACGAACCCGCUGGUGGUGAUGUGUGAUGCAGAUUUUUUAUGUCUAGAGAACAGAGCCCGUAAAGAAUUUACGGGCUCUGUUGUCAAUAGCUUUGAAGAAAGGUGCCUUACUUCACUUGUGAACAUUUUGGCAACACCUGUUUCAUUACAUGCUACCGGUUGAUACCAACAGAAAAGUUGAUAAAAGAGAAGUUGAUACUUCUACAUCAUUACAUCAAAGAUGAGAAGUUAAACCACUGAACUUCAGCCAAAACAAGUAUCUGAAUGUGUGCUGUAGCCUGUGCAAUGAUACAUGUGCGCCUUUGAGGUUUUAUCGGACACCAAAAAAUUGCUGCAGCAUUACAAAUAAUGUAUGGAAUAAGUACGGAACAAAAAGAUAAAGAAAGAAAUGGAUCAGAGAGAACAAAGACACAAUAUUAUUUUUGGCUCAUUGUCUGUUUCAUUUUUCUAACAUUGUAACAUUUUCCUAAUAACAUGUAUGAAUCAACAAACAAAUUAAAA